UGCUUUGCUGAGACUUCCAUUGUAAAUUUUACGACAUUCAACAGUUAGAUUGACCUGUCAGAAGUACUGCGAGAUACCAGCCUACUAGGUACUGACCUAGCAGACGUAGCUUAUUAUAUUCCUACUAGUCCUUGUGCUAGUACUGCCAGGAUGUCUGACAACCAAAUUGCCGAUGUAUUAGAUGACGACUUUCUUGAUGAUAGUCAGUUUGAUGACAGUCUCCUUUCAACUCAAUGCAGGAACCGAAUUGUGCACUCAGCUACUUCUGACACUUUGGACUCGGUGGUCCUUGAACCAAUGACCGAUGAAUUAUCACUACUGGAGGAUGCAAAUGACGGCAAUCGAAGCUCUACAGAGGAAGUAAGGCCUGAGGAUGCUGGGAUAGAGAUAACGGCAUCAGAGGAAUCAAAAAAUGUACAGGAAGAGGAUCAAAGUACAGACAUACCGGUAAACGUCGAAACGGAGAAGCCUCAUGAUAGUCCCGUUAAAGAAACAGUCAACAUCAGUAGCUACUUCAGCAGUGACGUUCAGGAAAACGAUCCUUUUAGUACACUAAACAGUGAGAAAAGUCAGGAGGAAGAUAUAUUUAGCUCUUUUGGAACACCACAAGUAGAGGAUAUUGCCCAAUCAAUGACAGAGGUAGAAAAAGAAAAAUUUCCAGAUCAAACUAAAGCUCCGCAGUCCGAAAUAGAGCUGAGUGAUGACAUUAUAGUUCACCAUGAUGUUUUAGAAAAGAGACUUUCUAAAGAGAAGGCAGAAAGUGUGGAGUUUCAAGCUGUUCCAGAGAGUGAUAUUAAUGUUAUGGAAGCUUCCAUGCAGUUGAUAGAUGAUAAAGAAGAUUUUGAAUCGUUCACUGCUGAGAGUGGUCCAGCAGACAUGGACCAGGUUAUUGGUGGGAUAACGGAGCUUCAUCUUAAUGAGCGACACAGAACCACCUCAGAAACAAAUCACCCGGAAUACAAUACUCAGUUGUCAGUAUCGAGUCAGCAUUCCCAGAGUGCAGUGCCAACUUCUCCCAUCAUUCCUUCUCCUGUCAAUCAACCAUUUAAUGGAACACCUCUAUCUGCUAUGAAUGUCUCACCGUUAUUAACAUCAAGCAAACCGGUCCUUCCUACAUCUGUUAGUGAUGAUAAAGAUGUAGUGCAAGGGUCUUUGGAUUUGGAGAGCAGUGCUACCAAUACAUUCCAGUCUUUAACAAGUGUAGAUACCACUGAUCCAUUCACAGCAAGCUUACAGAUGAGCGAGACGGACAGACAGCAUGAUGCCUGGAUUGCCUCAGAUGCGACUAGAAAAACUCUGCUAACGAUAGCAACAAACGUACCCGGUACCUACCUUCCGUCUCCUGAAGAGCUUACCACCCCUGGCAUUGUAGUGGAUGAACCACAGGGUGAUCCAUUGAGAGAUUUAGUGUACAGAUACAUGGGAGAACAGGAGGCUAUCAAGAGACAGAUUCUGACAGUGGACAGCGUUACACAGGAUGUAGAGGGACUAAAAGCUCUCAUAAAAGGUGGUUGUUAUCGGUCAGCUGUUGAUAUGUGUAGAAGGUUGUUAACUGCAGCUGGCCAGGGCCCAGGAAAAGCAGGGGAAGUAACCCAGCAUACGGUGCACACAAUACAGUUAUGGUUCUGUCGAUUUACCCUGCUGUUGAAGUUGAGACUGUACAGUGUGGCAGAAUCAGAGAUACAGGCCUUCCAAAAUCUAGACACACCGGACUUGUAUUUUGAAUUUUAUCCACACAUUUAUCCAGGACGCAAAGGGUCCAUGGUUCCAUUUGGAAUGCGAAUUUUACAUGCUGAGAUUCCUCAUUACAUGGGAAGAUCCCAGGAGGCGGUAGACAGACUCUACUACAUGCUGGCCGUUACUCAGAAGAUAUUGAAAAACCUUGAUGAUGGAUAUGCAGAAGAUGGCAGUGCUGUACAACUAAGUGAUGAUAGCAGAAAAGGAUCUUUGGAAAUCUGGCAAGAACGUGAAAGACAAGUCCUGUAUGUUAUUGGGAAUACCUUCCUGACAUUAAGAGACUAUGAAGCAGCGAUGACCACGUAUAAUAGCCUACUGGAAAAAGACCCCAUGAAGAAGGUUGGACUACUUAGUGGUAUUGGUCGUUUAUAUUUGCAGAUGGGCAAUGUUGACAAGGCCAAGGAAUGUUUUAAGCAUGCAGAAGUGAUCUCCGACAACAGUGACAAAUCCAUACAAUGCAGAAAUGCUAUCAACAGGGGACUGGAGGCCAUGUGCAUGAACAAUUUUUCAGAUGCAUACCAAAAUUUUAAAGAAGCAGUGGAAGCAGAUCCCACCAACACCUCUGCAGUUAAUAACAUGGCAGCAUGUUCCCUGUACCUAGGGAAGUUGAUGGAUGCUCUAAAGACCUUGGAAAUCCUGGUUCAUGAGGACCCAGAGCGAAACCUUCAUGAGGGAGUUUUAUUUAAUCUGUGUACUUUGUAUGAACUUGAAUCAUCACGUGCUCUCCAUAAAAAGCAAGCUUUACUGGAUCUCGUCAGUAGACACAAAGGCGAUGGCUUUCCUGCAGCUUGUCUUAAAAUGGCAUAAUUUAUUGUGAUUUCUUUGGCAUUGUGCAAUAUCUAUAAACAUACGGUGUACUAGGUCAGGUUUAUUAAAUAAGUGGAUAAAUAUA